UGGGGCGAGGCGGCCGCGUCUUGUCAGUCAGUCGCUACCAGGGAGUCAGGAGAAGUAGCUUUCGGUUUCUUCGGGGCGCGAGAGAGAUAGAGAGAUAGAGAGAUAGAGAAGUCUUCUACUACAAAAAGGCGCGUGUGCUCGUGUGAACGUUUGGUGCGGCGAACUUGAAGAGUUUAUAUUUUUAAAAGAAGAAAGCCAACGGCGCGUGCAUCAUGGGUAACUGUUGCUCCUCGUGCGCCUCGUUCCGGGCGGUGUUCAAGCCCAACGAGGGAGGCAUGCCGCUGACGACGCUGUCUGGCGGGGCCUGCCGGAAGCCCAGCUGUCUGCCCAAACCCCCCACCACCACCCCGACCUCCACUGAUGCCGCCGACGGCGGCGUGGCGGAGGGGCAGGCCCAGGAGGUGGUGUCGGUGAAGGAGGUGGACCUGUGUCUGGCCGACAACGGGCCGGCGCACCACACCGAGCAGUUCGAGCUGAUGGAGCGAGACAAGGACCCCAGGCUGGUGGUUCGUCGCGGCCAGCCCUUCCUGGUGCGCAUCACGCUCAGCCGGCCCUACGACGACCGCCACGACGCCAUGUCCUUCAUAUUCUCCCUGGAAGACGCCGAGAAACCCAACUACGGCCAAGGGACCAUGAUGGCGUUCCCCCUGCUGCCCGUGGGGGCGGAGCCCGGGGAGGACUGGCACGCCGUGCUGGACGGCUCGCAGGACAACACAGUCACCGUCAAGAUAACCCCGUCGGCCGGCUGCAUCGUGGGCAAGUGGAAGUUCGACAUUGACACCAAGGUGAAGAACAACGGCGCGCUCAGUUACAGCCACAAGGACUGCGUCUACCUGCUGUACAACCCGUGGUGCAGACUGGACCAGGUGUUCAUGGAGGGCGAGGACCUGCGCGCAGAGUACGUGCUGGCCGACACGGGCCUCAUCUGGCGCGGCUCCUACAACCGCCUGCGGCCGUCCGUGUGGAAGUACGCGCAGUUCGAGAAGGACGUCCUGGACUGCUCGCUGCACCUGGUCGCCAAGAUCGGCAAGGUGGCCCUGAAAGUCCGGAGCGACCCCGUCAAGGUGUCUCGCGCCCUCUCCGCUGCGGUGAACUCCCCCGACGACAACGGCGCCGUGAUGGGCAACUGGUCGGAGGACUUCGGCGGAGGCACCGCCCCCACCAAGUGGAUCGGCAGCAUGAAGAUCCUGCAGCAGUUCUACAAGAACAAGAAGCCCGUCAAGUACGGCCAGUGCUGGGUGUUCGCCGGUGUGCUCACCACACUCUGCCGAGCCCUCGGCAUCCCGUCCCGGCCCGUGACCACCUACUCGGCCGCCCACGACACCCAGAGCAGCCUCACCGUCGACUUCUUCGUCAACGACGCGGGCGAAGUCAUGGAGGAGCUCAACAACGACUCCAUCUGGAACUUCCACGUGUGGAACGAGGUGUGGAUGGACCGGCCCGACCUCCUGCCCGCGGGCGCGUACGGCGGCUGGCAGGCCAUCGACGCCACGCCGCAGGAGAUCAGCGAGAACAUGUUCCGGUGCGGGCCGGCGUCCGUGACGGCCGUGCGCCAGGGCGAGGUGCAGCUGUCCUACGACAACGCCUUCGUCUACUCCGAGGUGAACGCCGACAAGGUGUUCUGGCGGUACGCCGGCCCCACGCAGCCGCUCAAGCUCCUGCGCAAGGACGUGCUGGGGAUCGGUCAGCUGAUCAGCACGAAGGCAGUUGGGUCGUGGAAGCGCGACGACAUCACGCUCAACUACAAGUACCCGGAAAAGAGCGACGAGGAGCGAGCGGCCAUGCUCAAGGCGCUGCGACAGAGCGCGUCGCUCUUCAGCCGGUACUACCUCAACGAGGACUUCAACGACAUUCAGUUCAACUUCGAGCUGAGGGACGACAUCGUCAUCGGCUCGCCUUUCAGCGUGGUGGUGGUGAUGAAGAACCGCAACCGCACCGAGAGCCACAAGGUGUCGGUGAUCCUGCGGGUGGACAGCGUCACGUACAUGGGCACCGUCAAGGACUCCGUCAAGAAGAUCACGGAGGAGCGGCUGGUCAACCCUGGUGCCGUUGAGGAGAUCAGGCUGGAUGUUUCGUACGAUGAGUACUACAGUCGUCUGGUGGACCAAUGCGCAUUCAACAUCGCCUGUCUCGCCAGCGUUGUCGGCACCAACUACGAGUAUUUCGCCCAAGAUGACUUCCGGGUCAGGAAGCCAGACAUUAAAUUCAAGCUGGAAGGGAACGCGGUCCAAGGCCAAGAGCUGUCGGCGGUCGCCACGAUCAAGAACCCCCUGCCCAUUCCCCUGAAGAAGGGGCAGUUCCUGAUAGAAGGGCCGGGACUCGCCACGCAGCUGAAGCUGAAGGUGCCCCAGACCAUCGCGGUUGAAGGGGAGGCGUCAGUCUCGUUCAAAAUGACGCCCAAGUUCCCCGGACGAGCCACCAUCAUUGCCAAGUUCACUUCGAAGGAACUCGAAGACGUCGAUGGAUUCUUGAACUUCAUGGUGGAACCGAAAAUGGAAGCAAACGGCACCGGAAACUCCACGGCAUAGAGGUUCACGUGGUCGCAUUUUCAUUUCAUCCGCAUUAAAAUAAAUGGUGUUGCUUUGAAGUGGAGUGGAGUGCAGCGGCGGGGAAGAUUAACAUUGUAUGGACUAUUUUUUUUUUACAUGUGCUUUAUGAAGUAACACAAUUCAUAAAUCUUUGUUUAGUGCCACGUUGUUUACUUACACGAAGACUGAAUAAUGGUGUGUGUAGUUUUUAGCCUGGAAAAUUUUCAAGUUGAGUGGAACUUUAUGCUAUGUGAAUGCUUCACACUUGUCGUAAAAUGAAUGACAUUUAUUGAGGCAAAACCUACAUUGUUUCAACUAAAACCAAUUCUAUGUAUUUUUUUAUUAAAAAAUUGUAUAUUUAUAGAUCAAGCUACUUUAACUAAAAGAUAAAAAAAGAACUAAUUUUUAUGCUAAAUAAUUGCAAAUCAACAAAACUGUUAAAAAUCUUUUAUGUAGUUUUAUACAUUAGUUUUAUAUUGUUCAACUUACAGGAUUACAGUUUCUCCUCCAUGCAAAAUGAAUAAAUUAAUAAAUAGUCAUCAGCUUUGACCCUAUAUGGAAAUUAAUACUUUGGGUAACACUUGUUACAUUUCAUCCACUGUUUGAAAACAAAUACUUUAUUUCCAAUCUUUGAUACUGCACAGAGAAUUAUGUAAAUGUUAUGCAUGAAAAGUUUUCUAGGAUUAGAAAAAAGGAGGCAUUUAUUUUAUUAUUUUUUUUGUUAUAGUUUUGUUAGCAGUGUAAAUUUAGUGUGAAAUUCUAAAGUUUGCUUGAUCCUUUGUGUGUAGCAUAGGCAUAAAUUAGUUAUUUUGAAUUGUUGUGUUGUGUUGUAUUGUGUUGUGUUGUAUUAUGUUAAUUUUUUCUCAGGACACAUAUAGUAUAUGUAAAUAUACACACACACAAAAAUAAACACACAAAUAAACCAGGAAAAAACAUAAUUUUUCAUACAUAGUAAUUAUUAUAAGACUAAUAAUUUAUUUUGUCUAUCACUAUUUUUUCAUGUACCUACAUACCCAACUAUAAAAUGUUACAAUAAAUAAAUAAUUGAAUAGAAAAUAAAAUGUGAGUAUUAGUGCUAAAUAUUUUACCAAAAUAAAAUUUUGUGUGGAACACAAGUGUGUAUUUCACAAAAUAUUUUUUGAAUAAUAAUGUGUUUUUAGUUUUUUUAGUAAUGCCACACAAGGUUUACUUACAUCUUAGGAUACACAAAUUAUUUUAUCUACUGUAACAAUACAAUACAAUUUCUUUAUUACCUAAUAUUGUAGCCUACUCAUAGCGAGUGAAUGAUGUUUAUUUGUACAUACUUAUUUAUAGUAAAAUCUUUAGAUGAAGCUAUUUUUUACACAUACUUAAGAGUUUAGAAUGAUGAGCAGCAAAUAUUGGCUUGUACCACUAUUUUUUUACUAUUAAAGAUCUUUGCUAGAUGUAUUUUAUAUUUUUCUCAAGCUGUUAAUAUUUUUGCUGUUUUUAUCAGUAUAUAAUUAAAAAUAUAUGUGUAAAUGACAAUUUUUCAAUUUUUAACUUUACUGCCAAAACAUGUGCCUUAAAGAUAGUGCCACUUAUAUAGAAAGUUUUAUAGUAUAGAUAUAUUGAAGUGAUUUUAAGUAGUUUUUUUGGUACUGUUAAAUUUAUUUUUUUAUGUUUUUAAUUUAUAUUUCAAAAAGUACUAUGCCCAUACGGUUGCUCUGUAAGUCAGAAAUAUUCGUAUUUUAUUUGGUUAAUAGCCUUUUGUCUAUGUUUAAUAUUAGUGUUUGAAUGUUUCUUAUUAUGUCAAUAAUUUAUGUAUGAUAGAUUAUAUAUCAUUUCUUAUGUACUUUGUUCAAUAAAGUGUUUAAUGUAAACAUACUUACAUACUUUUAUUGCUCAAUAAACUACUUACCUAAUUCCUAAUCCAAUCCACUGUUGCCAGUUGAAAAAUAUGACGGGAAAAUUUUUUAUUUAAAACAAGGAAAUCAUUAUGUUUUGUAGUUCUACUGACU